AUGAAAAAGUCCUCAAACACAGCAGUUACUGGUGCUCCAAAAUCAGAUAGUCAGCUCUCAGAAAAAAGCCACAAGACACAAUCGUCACGUGCUGCAAAGAUAAAGGCAAGAAAAGUUAAUAGACAUAUUUCAGCAAAAAUAAUACAGAAGGCCUGGUUCAUUUAUGUGGACAAAUCAUUGUUUAAACUCCUAAAACACACAGUUUGUGCAGCGGAAUAUUGUGUGGCACACGAACUGCUGAUGAGAGUGAGCCCCGUAGAGGCUGCACUUGUUAAAGAUCCCAGCAUGAAGUGUAAAGUCAGAUUCAGGUUUUGUGGUGAAACGUUUCCACCUUUUAUCGUGUUCAAAAUUUUUUUUAACGAUGGCCAUGGUUACAAGUAUUUCAGUGGGAAAGAUUUACUAAAGUCGUCAAGUAAGGCAGUGGCUGAUUCUUACAAGAUAAUGGGGGAAAGAAAAUUUUAUCAACAAAUUAUGGAAGAUGAGCAAUUUUUCCAGAAAUUCAAUAGCUGAUCGUCUGAUGUUGUCACAGUGAAAGAUUACAUGCAAUACUGCAGUCUUCUGGAUGAGACCCCUGCAUCAUCUGGUGGCAAGAAUAACCACUGGCGAAGAUUAAGCCUCGGAAGCAUUCCCCAAACAAUGAUAAUGUAUGACAUCAUCGAUUAUGCAGAGUCCGGAGUAAUCUCGGACCGUUUACAAAAAGAAAUGAGAUAUUUGGUGCAGAAGCCACUAACAGAAGAGAUGCGUCAGCACCAGCUAGAGAUUGUUUCUAAAGUUAGGUGUCCAUGCAUUACAACCAUCCGUCCUUUUUACCAGCCUUGGGAAGAGCGAGGUAAAGCGAAACAUCUGGGCCGUCGAUCCAAGCAGGCACAAAAGAAGGUUGAAAAAAUGAAAAAAGCCUAUAUGGCAUCCAAAGAAGAGAAGGCUUCCUCCGAGGACACACAGGCAGACAGGUUUGAAGGGAAGGAGAAGAAGGUCAUCUUCAGCACCCCAUCUUUUGAAAUCCUGGCAAUUGAAGACUCCUCAUCAGACACCGAACUGGAUAAAGAAGAAAAGGAACUAUUUGCCUGGUAUCAAGACCUGUAUGUUAAACAGCCUUCAUUGUUUUGA